AUGGCUGAUGAAACAACUCCAACUCCCAAAGUCAAAGGCACGAAAAAAGGUGUAAAAUCUUCUGAUCCUGCAAUUAACCGUGAUGCUGCAUCUCUACGCCAAUUCUUUGAUGCUUACAAUAGUCCUCCUACAAUGCAAGUUCACAUACGAGGAUGGCAUCAAGAAAAAUCCCAAGAAAUGUCUGGCAAAAACAAUCACAAGAAUGUCUAUACGCAUGUUACAGAUUUUGAAGUUACUCUUGACCUUAAUGGAUAUAUUGUCCCUACCCCCCAAGUAGUUGCUCCUUCAAGCUUUGAUGAGUAUUUGGAAGCUUAUAUACGUGAUGAAAAUAAAUGCAAGGAAAUCACUCUUAAAAAGACUGUUAUAUGGGAAUAUGACGCACUUUACAAUUUAAUUUUCGAUUUGGCACGUCGUCGUGGAUUUCGAUAUAACCUAAAUGUUACAUAUCCUCAAGGCAAUAACGUUGUAAAAGUCAUGACAGAUAACUCUUUUGGCAAGAAUGUGCGAACCUAUGCAUUUAUUGCAGCACCAAUUUCUUGGGUUUAUAAAAAGAAAUUCAAUAAAUUGCAAAGUCAAUUUCAAAUGAAUCUUACAGUUGCAGAAUGGUUUUCACAGAAUUCAACUCUAAUAGAACAAUACAUCACUGUUGAUAAGCAGGGUGGUCGUAUUGUUG